AUGGGUCGUACGAAAACUCCUAAAGAAAUACAAGUGCAGAGAUGGCUCAUCAGGGACAAAAUAAGUCGAUAUCGUGGAAUUUUAAAGCUGCACACACUUGAUAAGAAGCUACAGUUAUCGCAAGCGACGAGACUGAAAUCAAUAGUAUCAAGAAAGGUCACAUCCCUAGAAGUAGAUAUUAAGAGACAUCGUGAAAUUGUCAAUGACCUUCGCGAUGAUGGUAAACCGAAUGUCCUCAGAGUGCUGGCUGAUUACAGAAGAUUUUACUUGGCGUUCAAUCGCCUGACACCAUCCGAAAUUUAUACGGCAAUAUAUCAAGAUUGCAAUUUGAAACGUCGACUCUUGGACAAGCUCUACUACGAAAAAAAAAGAGCAUUGAAGCGAGGUAUCGAAUUACAGCUGGAGUACAACGUUCUUUCAACCGAACUCGAAGAGCAAAGCGAGUAUCUAUCGAAUUGCGAGCAGCAACGGUUAGUAGCGCAAUUACAGCGAUCCAUCGCGAAACAUAAUGCGGCGAAAGAUAUACAUUCUACGUAUUGGUCGAUGCUGAACAUCCUGAAAAAAGACACGAUAUUUUUCGAUACUUUGUUGAACAUUUUGAAAGAAGACCAAUAUUCUCAAUGCAAAGCGAUGUUAAAAGUAACGGUGAUGGGUCAACUGGCGGCGGAAAAUCUUGACGAUAUUAGACAGAAGUAUAAACGAAUGUCCCGAGUCGUUUGGCGUAACAUGAAAAUUAGAGAACAAAUGUUGAGUACUGUAGAUGCCCAAGUAAAGGAUUUGUGGGCUUAUGCACAAUCAUUGGUGCGCGUUGAGAGCGUUCACCUUUUCAUAAAAAAAGAUAUCGAUGUGUCCGCCAACAAAAUAUUAGAAAAUCAAUUAGUACGUUUGGAAGAUAUUUGUACUGAAGUGAAAGAAGCUCUACUCGUACGUUCGUAUCAUGACUUGCUGUCAAGGUAUUCUAUUUUGAUUUCCGUAUAUAAUUUUCUCAUCGGUUUAUGUUCAAGAUCGAUAAUCGUUUGCAAAAUGUUUCCUUCUUGCUAUCGCAGACUUGAAGAUCAAUCCGAGCAUAAAGCAGCUUUGCUAAUGCGAUUAGACGUCAAUAUAAAAAACCGCGACGUUUUAUUGAGCAAAAAGAAUCAGGCUUUACAAGUUCUCGAAGGUCUCAAGCAUUCCACGAAAACUGCAACAGAACAAUAUAAGAAUGGUGCGCAAGAUAUAUUGGAACAAAUUGAAAUCGAGAAGAAACGUGAGAAGGAUCUUAAGGAACAGAUAAGAGAUCAUAGCGAACUGCUCACGCAUAUCAAAGCGGCCUUACAAAGUAUGAACAUGAUGUUGGUUCCUAUCAAACCUAGCGUCAAAGUGAUACACACACCAAAGAAGUUAGACAAGAAUAAGAAAGAGUACGCAAUUAAUGACAGAGAAGAAUUGAACGAACACGACAUGGCAGAGAUCGAAGGAAUAGAUACUGAUGUUUUGGUAUUGCUGUCGAAGAUCAGCCGAAAAGUAAACAUUCUCUUUGGGUUGAGCAACUUCGAUCUCGGGCAGAAGGAGGACGAAGCCCGAAAUCUGUAUCACACCUAUGUAUCGAAUUAUAAUUCCAAUUUGAUAUUUAGGACCGGUGAAGAGGAAUCGAUUGGUAAAUUGUCUUUUUUUUCCUUUUUUUGGUCUAUAAAUAAUUUUAUCGACUCUCUCUACACAAGCCGUUUGAUUUUACAGGGUUAUUCGUCGAACACGAAAUGAUCGACGUCACUGUUCCGACACGGGCAGACAUCAAAUAUCACAGCAGGCAGAUUCUAGAGGCACACCUGAAACCGGAAUAGCUUAUGACAUCAGGAUUUAUCGCAAUAAAAUGCAACGUUUGAAAACAACUUUUAUUUAUUGUACAAUAUGCUGCUAUAUUUACUUAUCAAUUAGUAUUUAAUCUAGUAUUCAUUAAGGUCGUUAACGCGACCGUAUCCCAGCCUC